AUGGGAGUUCAAACUGGUCGGACCCACGCACGCCGAAAAAAGUGUAAAUGUGAGUGUCACUUCCUGACAGCGGGCCUCGUGGCUGUCUCUUUCCUCGUCUUCCUGGGACUUUCCGCCCUCCACUUACCGGAGCCGUUCGCGCUCAAGCCGGCGACGGCCCUUCCCGAGGUGACGCUUUUAGUUUGGACUCAUCCAUUUGGCCGGAAGCAGCGGCUUCCGGAUUGUUUGGCGCGCUACGGCGUCUACGGCUGCGAACUGACGGACGACCAGCGCGCGUACACGUACGCGGACGGCGUACUCGUGCACCACCGCGACGUCGUCUCCGGAACGGCCGAUUUGCCACCGGAAGAAGGACGCCCCCCGGGGCAGAAGUGGAUAUGGCUCAAUUAUGAGUCUCCCUCGCACACGCAGGGGCUGCGAGGCCUGGAGGGGCUCUUUAAUCUCACCAUGAGCUACCGAGCUGACUCGGACAUAUUCCUCCCAUAUGGCUAUCUGGUCCCCAAGCACGGCAAUGGUAGACCACUGACAAAAACCUCUAGAGCUUCUCGUCCUGGUUUUGUAGCUUGGGUUGUGAGUAACUGGGCUGAGUCGCAGGCCCGCGUGGCAUUUUACUACGAGUUGAGCCAGUACAUCGAGGUUGACGUGUUCGGACAAGCCGGUAUUAGGAUUCCAAAAGGCUCCAAGGAGGUUGUGCAGACUUUAAGACGCUACUACUUCUAUUUAGCACUGGAGAACUCACAGCAUACCCAGUACAUCACAGAGAAGCUGUGGAACGCCGUGUCAGCAGGAGCCGUCCCGGUGGUCCUGGGCCCGACCCGGAAGGACUAUGAGCGCUUCCUGCCACCGGAGGCUUUCAUCCACGUGGACGAUUUCCCUUCAGUCAAAGAGCUGGCCCGGUACCUGCUGCAGCUCAAGCGGGAGCCGGUCAGGCUGAUGUGGCACUUGCGCUGGAGGACGGGGUUUGGAUUGCACCAGCCGGCCUUUUGGUCUGAACACUACUGCACUGCCUGCAAGGCGCUGAGGAAGACUGUGGGCCAAACUCAUGUGGUCCAUGAUUUGACUCAGUGGUUUGACUCCUGA